AUGCUGCAGGAAGUGUUACUUGGUUAUGCUAUCAGAGACCUCCAAGUCAAAGACAACCGCCUAGGAGCCCAUGCACCCCCAUUAUCAGCGCCUCUUCUAAAGAAAGGCAUAGAGGAGUGUUUUGCAAGAUACAAACGAGGAGUAAUAAAUGCAGUAUCUGCCUUGCAUCAGUUUGCACAAAUGCGCCGUGUACAACUUGAAUUGAAAGAAACUAAUGUGGCAGGUGGUAGUAUAAGCCUUUAUUUUGCCUUUUGUGCUGUGGUAGACGGUGUUCGCUACAAGACUGGACUGGGAAGAACCAAGAAGGAAUCUAGAUUAAAUGCAGCUAAACUGGCCCUUGAAGAGCUGCUGAACUUGGAGUGCACAGGGGCAAAGGCUCCUGAGAAGUCAGAUUCUUCCUGUGUUCCUGAUGAGCCCCAGACUCCAGCAAACUCUGUUCUUGUUUCAAGGAUCUGUUUUGGAGGAGGUCAGCUUCUAUAUCAAAAACUUUCACAGUCGGUUGAAGAAGUAUUUAACAGCCUGACUACCAAACAUCCCGAGUACCAAAGUUGUGGCAGUUCCCUGGCUGCUUUCAUCAUUGAGAAAGAUGGAGAGCAUGAAGUUGUAGCUGUAGGAACAGGACAAUGUAAUUACAGUCAGCACUUUAAACCUGGUGGAAGAGUGCUGCAUGACAGCCACGCCAUCGUUACUGCAAGGCGCUCUCUCCUGAGAUAUUUUUAUAGACAUCUUUUGCUGUUCUAUAAUGAAGAUCCAGCGAAGACAGAGAAAUCCAUAUUUGGCAGAGCAACAGGCUCAAAGCUGCUUACCCUGAAGCAGAAUACAGCUGUCUUUCUCUACAUGAAUCAGCUUCCAAAAGGAACUGCUCAGUUAGAAUCGCAGCUACAUCUUGGUCCAAAAACUAUAUCUGCUUACGAAAGUAAUGAAGCACUGAGUCUCCAUGUUGCUAUAGAAGGCAAGAUUUUCCUCACUGUUUGUUGUCCGCCUGAAACUCUUAGAGUAAGCUGCAUGUCCCCUAGUGACAAAUUAACAAAAUGGGAGGUGGUUGGUAUCCAGGGAGCAUUGCUGAGUCACUUCAUUCAACCGGUGUAUAUCAACAGUAUCCUUGUAG